CAUACACGUAAUAUGACUGAUUUGAUCUCGAUUUUGCCUCCCGAAUCAUUCACGGGCUGUGUCGAAUGUGUGAAAGUAUGUCGCCGCUGGAGCGACGCGAUGCUUCAAUGUUUGGGACAACAAGUCGAAUCAGUAUACAUCAAAUCUCAAGCCACGUAUAAAGUACUGGAACGACUUGCUUGGCGAAGAUACAGCAUUCGCUUCCUUGCAAACAAUUACAACCUAUUUUCGACAGUAGCACUCGCCUGUGGUCUUUCUGAUAUUCAUUGCUGGGAUGUCUUGGCACGCAACCAAUUCACACAGCUGACAAGUUUGGGGUUGACGGACAUCACUGGUAUGUCAAGCGAAGAUUGGUCCCAGAUUUUGCUCAUGCAGCAACAAAAUGAGAUCUUGGAAGUUGGAAUUCGCGCUGGAAUAACGCAGUAUCUGAACAGCAUUAUCGCAACCAUCGGUACGCUGCAACGGCUCCGUAUACUUUCCUUGCGAAAUUUCCUUCACAUGUUCAGCGAGAAUCCUCUUUGCGAUCUUACUCCGCUUCGACGUUUGCAACAGCUUGAAAAAAUGCGUCUCACGAACAUACCCAUCGACAACCAAGGUCUAAUGCAGUUGUGCGAACCAUCACAGCACCCACUAGUCAGGAGAUUAAGCUUGAACCCGCACAUCACCGUACAGUAAUAGUGUCGACGACUUUCUCACAGAGGCAGGAUGGAUUGUGUGGGCACAACGACUUGAGGAAACCAAAAUACUGAAUCUGGAACUGACAGCCGUGAAAGGUGUUACUGGUGCUGUCCUUGAGCAUUUUGAACAAGUCGAAAGCUCGGUGCUAUUGCGUGUUUCACGGAUCUAUAGUCUCACCAAUGCAGGCAUCAAUGCUUUUCGUAUCAUUGAAGGAUCUAGUAAAAAGAUUGAAGUCGUGGGGUGUUCAGGAUUAUCUCGGACAGAUGAUCUUCGUAUGCCAUACAACAUAUUUUUAAUAAUUGAGUACCAUUGCGGUGAUAUUUGCAGUCUGGCUUGUACUUUUAUUUAUAAUGAG